CAUCUCUAUCCACACAAGCCAACUUUCCAGCUCUCUCAUUUUCCUCUUCCUGCAUCUCCCAAGCCCUAAGAGAGGAAGUUAUUAAAAAAAAAAAAAUGGGUGCUCUCGUCCCUUCUCAAUGCAUUCUUAAAAUCUUUCUUUUGAUCUCGGUGUUUCAGCUCUCUCUCGCCUCCAGGAGGCUGAGCGAGCUGGCUCAAGAUCAGUACUCCCAGCUCCUCCAUUACCACAACGGUCCUCUCCUCUCUGGCAAAAUAUCUAUCAAUCUCAUAUGGUAUGGCCAAUUCAAGCCUUCCCAAAAGGCCAUAAUCUCCGACUUCGUUACCUCCUUGUCAUCUUCACCUGCUCAAACCUCCCAACCCUCCGUCGCCUCUUGGUGGAAGACGACCGAGAAAUACUACCAUCUCACCAACCAGAAGGUUUCUGCUCUUUCCCUCUCUCUGGGCAGGCAGAUUCUGGACGAGAACUACUCGUUGGGAAAAUCUCUCACAAGCAAACAGCUGGUGGAAUUGGCCUCGAAAGGCGAUCAGAGAAACGCCAUUAAUGUCGUUUUGACAUCUGCUGAUGUCGCAGUGGAAGGUUUCUGCAUGAGCCGAUGUGGGACUCACGGAUCCUCCUCUGUGGGACACGCGAAGGGCAAGAACUACAAGUUCGCUUACAUCUGGGUUGGUAACUCGGAGACUCAGUGCCCUGGUCAGUGCGCUUGGCCUUUCCACCAGCCCAUAUAUGGUCCCCAGAGUCCGCCAUUGGUCGCUCCCAACAAUGAUGUAGGCCUUGACGGAAUGGUGAUCAACCUGGCUAGCCUUUUGGCGGGCACCGCCACCAACCCCUUCGGAAAUGGCUUCUUCCAGGGUCCCGCAGAGGCACCUCUCGAAGCUGCUUCCGCCUGUCCCGGCGUUUAUGGGAAAGGAGCUUACCCUGGAUAUGCCGGGAACUUAUUGGUGGACCCUUCUACUGGUUCAAGCUACAAUGCUCAUGGUGCUAAUGGCAGGAAGUAUCUCCUUCCUGCUCUGUUUGAUCCUUCUACUUCCACUUGCUCCACGCUCGUGUGAAGAUAGAUACGGAUUAGCCUGUUAUAGCUACGUGGUUAGAAACACGGAAUUCGUAGGUUGUAUAAGCAUAAUGUGUAGGAUGUAUUCAUUCAUUUGUUUAUUUCUUUUUGGUUGUCCCUGUUAUUCAUGACAUAAAAGCAAAUUUACUUAUGUUUGCUUUAAA